AUGUCACAGCCAAGUCCAACGAAAUCCGAACGACGCGUUCUGGUUGACAAAUCAACCAACGCGUCUCUGACUCGAUCCCUUUCCCAGAGCACAACCAAGUCGAACCUCUCUACAUCUAAAGCUCUGUGCGACGUCAUGCCCCCGAUACCCUCUUCUGUCCUGACGGGCCAGAAAAGAUCAAUUGACCAGGUAGACUUUGAUCAGAAUGGAUCAAGUUCGACAAAGAGCUCAUUCAACAGGAUCCGGCGAGAAGAUGAAUUCUAUAUCUAUGAAGAGAGUAACACUCAAUCUAGCACAGAUACUGAUAAACAGAUGACUCUUUCAUCUGCCUUUCUUCAAACCGCACCUUUCCUUGAUCAAAACACUCCACCCAAAAUCUCAUCUUCACAAAGAAGCGACACCAUGUCUUCCCUGCUUAAUCUCAGCUUUGGGACUGAGAACAAGUCCCUGCCCAACCCCUCAGCACCCUCCCCCACAAAACCGAAAGCAGCCACCACCACCACCACUACCACCACUUCAGUCGUGCCGACGGACCCCACUGAGAGAAAGGCUUUUAUCCAACAGAAAGCAGAUCUACUCCGCAGUCGCGUCCAGUUUGCCAUGAAAAACAUGAAAAACGUCAAAGACAACCAGAUCGACCGUCGUAUCUCGGAGCUCGAGGCACAUGCAAAUAGCCGCGAUCGCCUUUCCAUCUCCCACCUACUACGCUCUUCCCCACGCCCGAUCAACGCGACCAGAAUUCAGCUCCAUCAGCAGCAGCAGCAUCGACAGGGCAAGGACGAGGCUAUGGACCUGACCCCAAAGGCCAAAAUUCCCAAGCUCCUCCCAGCGCCCAUUCUGCGCCCAGGUCCUUACGCACCGAAAAAUACAAUCCAUUCCCCACCACCCGCCUCAACUGCUAGCAACAAGAUGGAGGGCGAGGCGACUCCCGCCGAUGCCAGCGUGUCCAAUGAAAGCAUACACAAAAAUAAAAGCAAUGGCAACGGCAACCAUAGCAGCGAUCACGGUGACGGCGACGAUAACCCCCCCGAAACCCCUGCCUCUCCCGUUCAAUCACACAGCCCUCCACAGACCGGUGACCCGAUCAUCAUGAUCAAGAAAAACGUGAAGAUGUGCGCUGUGGAACAGAUGCUUGCUGCGGAGAAGGAUGAUGCGAUUGAUGGGCUGAUGAAACUGAUGCAGACUACGACUAAAUAUGAUGCGCUAGACGAGGAAUGGACUGGGUGA